UACAGUCUUAAAACAACUCUGACGCUUUUUAUCAUUUUUAUUCAUUUCUAAGGAAACUUUGUAGAUUAAAAGGAUGCAGCUUCACUUCACUAAAGAGGUUUUACCGGACUCUGUCAGCACCGACUUUCAGAAUCUGAACAAACUCAACGAGCAGCAAUUUCUUCGCCUGAUUGAAAUUCUGUUCCAGUUCCUGCUGGAGCCUAAAGAGUCGGAGAGGUUCAUGCAGCAGCUCAAUGAGUUUGCCGGAGAAAACGGGAUGAGCGCCGGUCCUCUGAGGAACCUGAUGAAGAGCGUCCUCCUGGUGCCGCAGGGAGCCCUGAAGAGAAACCUGACAGCCGAGCAGAUGAAAGGCGACCUGGAGACAUUAGGACUAAACGAGGACAAGGCCGCUCACUUCUCACUGCAGUGGGGGGAGCACUCUGCAGCGUUGUCCAGACUGGCUGUCAGACAGACGCUGAUGGUCAACCAGCUGGUGGACAUGGAGUGGAAGUUUGGAGUGACUGUUGGCACCAGUGAAAUCCAGAAAGUGGGAAACAUCUUUCUGCAGUUGAAGCUCGUUGUCAGAAAGGGGAAUUCCACUGAAAACGUCUACAUGGAGUUGACGCUCCCUCAGUUUUACAACUUCCUGCACGAGAUGGAGAGAGCCAAGGCCAGCAUGGAGUGUUUCAGCUGAGUGUGUGUCUCUGUGUGUGUGUGUGUGUGUGUGUGUGUGUGUGUGUGUGUGUGUGUGUGUGUGUGUGUGUGUGUGUGUCUGUCAUAGGCUACUUUCAGGGACAUAUUUCAGACUUUCCAGUUAACUGGGGAACGUUUGUCCAAAUUGUGGACUUAAGUUUUGUCCCAAAUUGGGAAAAAAGGUGAUUUUUGGGUCAGUGGUGCAAGUUAGAGUCAUGAUAAGUCUCCGGGAAAUGAAUGUAAGUCUGUGUAAUGUCCCCAAAAGUGACCUAGGACAGUGUGUGUGUGUGUGUGUGUGUGUGUGUGUGUGUGUGUGUAUGUGUGUGGUCUUUCAUAUGCUACUAGGACAAAUAUGAGACUGAAGACCAGAUAAUUGGGGAAGGCUAAUUGAAUUUCGGUCUAUGUAAUGUUCCCAUAAGUGGCCUAGAACAGUGUGUGUGUGUGUGUGUGUGUGUGUGUGUGUGUGUGUGUGUGUGUGUGUGUGUGUGUGUGUGUGUGUGUGUGUGUGUGUGUGUGUGUGUGUGUGUGAGAGAGAGUGUGUGUGUGUUGUGUGUGUUCAUGACAGGCUGUAGCUGCAGGGCAGUCUUUGGUAUGUCUUACAUCAUUUUGUGUGUGUU